CUAACUGAAAAAACAAUGACGGAGGAAGAGAUAUAUCGAGGCUUCCCUGAACAAUUCAUACCUGUUCUUGAGAAACAUUACAAAAAUGUUCAAGCAUUUAUAGACGAAGAUCCAGUACAGAAAGUGGUCAAUGGAAAAGUGUCAAAUAAAGUACCGAUAAUGUUGGGUUACAAUUCCGGCGAGGGCAUAUCAGUUAUAUCUGAAGAAAUAAAUAAACUAGACGUUAAAAAUAACAAUGUAACAUAUUUCGUGCCAAGGCAAAUCGUUGAAGCUGUCUCAAAGGAAAAAGCUUUAGAAUUUGGUGACAGGAUUCAGAAAUUCUAUGCAGGAGAUAGAAGCAUAUCAAAAGAAAACCCUGAUAUAGUCCGUGAUAUUUUAACGGAUACAAAUUUCGCGUACAACACACACAGAUUUGCUUAUCUCUAUAGCAAAUUGAACGCUCCAGUAUACAUACAUGUAUACUGGAGCGUUCAAUUUGCAUAG